GGAUCGCGGUGGGGAUCGGAGCGGGGCCCCGGCGGGCAGUGCCGGGCACUGCCGCUGUCAGCGCCGGCGCUUGCAGCGGGUUCUCCCGCCGGGAACUGCCCUCCCUUCUCUCCCCUGCCGCCUUUUCCCGACGGGUUUGCUUUGCUUUUCCACUUUUUUUUUUUUUUUAAACAAACAAACAAGCAAACAAACUUGAAAAAAGCAUUGGGAAGCCCUCGCACAGCCCGUCCCCGUCCCCGCUGCGCGUUACCCCUCGGCGGGCUGGCAGAGGAGCGUGUGCGGUGGAACCCACGCUCCCCGUCCCGACCCGCUCCAGGCUGGGCCUCGCGCUGCUGGAGUUUGGGAGCCGGGAAAGCCUCGGCGCCGUCUGCCCGGCCGCCUCCCCCUCCCUGAGCCCGGGCCAAAGCGAGCGAGCCGGUCCUCUCCGCCAGCUCGAUAAAUGCUGUUUAUGAGGAUGGACCUGUUGAACUACCAGUACUUGGACAAGAUGAACAACAAUAUCGGCAUCCUGUGCUACGAAGGUGAGGCAGCACUGAGAGGUGAGCCCCGAAUUCAGCCCCUUCCCGUGUCCCCUGCGCUUACCAACCACCGGACGGGCCCUCCUCCCAUCAGCCCCAACAAGAGGAAGCUCAGCAUGGACCAAGGGGACGAGGAGCUAGACUGUGAAAACGACCAUGUCUCUAAAAUGAGUCGGAUGUUCAAUCCACAUCUAAACAAGACUUCCAACGGGGAUUACAGGAAGGAGCACCGGGAGAGGAGUCGCAGCCCCAUCGAGAGGGCAGCUGCCCCGACAAUGAGCCUUCAUGCCAAUCACAUAUAUGCCUCAAUCCCAAGCUUGAGUGUGGAUCAACCUCUAGCACUGACCAAAACCAGCAUGGAUGCAACCAGGACAGUCGGCAUCACACCAACACUGACUUCUGUGGAACGGCAGCAGAACCGUCCCUCUGUCAUCACCUGUGCCUCUGCCAACAACCGCAACUGCAGCCUCUCCCACUGCCCCAUCGCCCACAGCGGCUGCGGCUCCGGGCCUGCCUACAGGAGACCCUCCAGCACCACCACUGCCUGUGACCCGGUGGUGGAGGAGCACUUCCGCCGGAGCCUCGGCAAGAACUACAAGGAGCCUGAGCCAGUGGCAAACUCGGUGUCCAUCACGGGCUCAGUCGAUGACCACUUUGCCAAAGCACUGGGGGACACGUGGCUGCAGAUCAAGGCUGCCAAGGACGGCGUCUCCAGCAGCCCUGAGUCAGCAUCGCGGCGGGGCCAGUCUUCCCCUUCCUCCCACAUGGUCAAUCAUAAUCACUCACCCUCCGUGGUCUCCUGAGGAGAGGACCCUUCCCUUUGUCAAUUUGCAUGGUUUGACUGAGCUUUGAACAGUGCUUAGGUAGUGUUGGGGGAGGAGAGGUUAGUUUUCAACACGUUAUUGUGUACUCACUUUUUUUUUGUGAAAGGGUGCCCUUAAAGACAAUAGCAGGAACUAUUUCAUAAAGAUUCAUAUGAUGUAGCAUCCUUUUUUCCUGCCUCAAUUACCAAAGAAACCUCUGAUGCAAAUCUGCUGCCCCUUAAGAAAAUAAUGCACGCUAAUCCACAAAAGCCAUUACACUUAGUUGGUUGACCCCAGUCCUUUUUGCUUUUCUUAGCUUCUUAAGACUAGAAUUUGUCUGGUUUGCUUACAUUGCUUUUUUUUUUCCCUCUGUGAAGUAAUUUUGUAUGUAUAUACUUGAAAAGAACUGUUAUGUAUGAUUUGCACUAUUGGAGGAGGACUGAAGUUGCACAGCAACUUUGUGGAAGAGGCUAAUAUUUUGAGGGCAAACUGCUGAAAAAAGGGUUUAAGGAUGACAUUUCUAUCAGUUUGAUUUUUCUUAAAGCAAAACAGCUUUGGAAGGGGAAGUCUCAUACAGGUUAUAGGUCUUUCUCUUUUUAGAUUUCAGGUGCUUAGUGCUUGCAACUGGACUGCAUAAUUUACAGAACACGGGCAUUUUUUCCUAAACACUGCAGUUUGUUAGACUAGAGCUGAGGUUGGAGGGUUCCAUAGUGCUUAACGAUGCAUGUUUUAUGAAAAAUAGCUGGUAUCUAUUAAUGUAUAGACAGUAAGAAUCAUAAUACUUAUUAGCUUUUCUUCAGAACUAGUUUAUUUUUGUCAGUAACAAUCCUAGAUAUACUUACUGCUGGUACAGUUGUACUCUAUGGUAUUUGUGUUUGAUAUUCACUUUAGCAGCAGCCAGCAUCGAGGGCAGCCUCAGGACAGGCCUCGUGCCACCCUUGGAGCUGGUGGCUGCUGGCACAGGAUGCUGAGCUCUGCGCAGGUCCAGCCACCCUCCCUGGUUGCAGCACUGCUGCUUCACAGGGAUCUGCUUCCUAAAACCAAGUCUGUGUAAUCUACCCUUAACUAGCUGCAGGAACUGCUACUGUUACGGAUCUUGGCUGGACAACAGAUUGUUACAGUUUGUGACAUAUGAUCUUUCUUUCUGUCUUUUUUUUUUCCUUUUUCUUAAGCCUAUUCCUAAACCAAUGCCAAGUUGCAGCAAACAUUCCUCCAGUAGAGACUUUAUACAGGUAUUACUGCAUUUAUUAUCAUUUGCUAUAUUGAUAGCUACUAACUAGAAAUUAGGUAGUAGAGGCAGGCAUGAAACCACAGCUGUGCUAGUGCUAAGAGCUUCUCUUUUUCUUGUUAAGUGUAACUACUCUCCCCCGUACAUUCCAUCUUCCCAAUACAGUUGCAGCUAGGGCUUUUUUUUUAUACUGGGUUACCUGAAAAGACUGGUUCAGUGUAGAAAAUAAGAACUAGUUGGAAGAUGAACUACACGUGAUGUAUUAUGGACUGUGUUACAGUAUUGGGUCCACUGUGGCUUUUAUUUUAUGCCUUUUUUUUUUUUUAAAGUUAAGCUAUUUAAUUUGGAAAGGGUGCAGGGUAGAAAGAGAUGGGGAGAUUGGCUCUUACUCUUGGUGAGAAGGUGGCUGCUCAGUUUUCUUUAAAAAAAAAAAAAAAAUAAAAACCCCCCAACAUCUAAGCCCCCAGUUUUACACAUUUCACUACCAUCUUACUGGGUAGUCAACGCUUCCUUGCUUUGGCAUUCAGUACCCUACUCUCUGUAGGAAGAUUGUUAAAAGAACACUUUUUUAUAUAGGUAACUUUAAGACCAUCGUUACGCUGUGCGUAAAGAAUGUACAGAGAAAUUUGUAGGUAUUUUUUGAGGAACAAUUAAUUUGUUAAUGAUAUGUAGCUAUUUAAUUUUUCCCUUUCCUUUAUUGUAAUCAUUCAUUUAUUAUUUUUUUUUUUUGGUUGGAGAAAAAAGUUGAUCUUUUUUUUUGUUGUAGAUUUGUCUGUAAUACAGUAAAAGUGCAGGAACACAGUUAUUCUAUGAGGACACUGCAUUAGCAUUAAUAGCCACUCAUUUGUUAUUGCUAGAGGCUACUGAGCAGUAUAACAGUCAAUACUAAUACUGUAGAUGGACUCUGUGGAAAAUGUGACUCCUAUAUUUCUUUGUAAACACAAGUAAGAUAAUGGUUUUAAAGCUAAUAUUUUCAAUAAUAGCUGUUUUACAAGGUUACAUUUACUUAUCUGAGAUAGGUAAAUGGAUUUGAGGGCAAUAAAGAUUUAAUGUGCUAUGUCCAGGAAAACAUAUAUUAUUGGACACAACAAUGUCAUGAAAGCCAAAGGGUUGGGGGGUGGUGGAAGGACGCUAAACUGAACUCACCAUCACGAGACGUGGUGAAGUUUCUUCACAGAGCCAGGUUAUCUACAGUUCAGUUUAAACAAUUCUCUCUGUGUUUGUAAAUCUGUAAUAUAACAUUCUUUUGUGGCCUUGUUUCACCUGGAAAAAAAAAAGGUUUGGCAGGCCAUCUUUUUUUUUUGUACUUAAAAGUAGCCUUAAAGAACAAUAAAGUGCUCUUAAAUCA